AAGGGAGGCGCAGGCUCCCGUGGGGGGCGCAGGGGGAGGCGGUGGCGUCGGAGGCGAAGGGGGGAGAGGCGGUGGGGCGGACCGGAACCGGAAAUGGCUGCGAGGUGGCUCCUGCUGGCGCUCCUCGCCGCCCACGCCGCGGCUCUUCCUGAUAUCAUUAGGAUAGGUGGGCUGUUUCAUCCGUCGGACGACAAGCAAGAAGUGGCCUUUCGUUAUGCCGUGGAAAAGAUCAACGCCAACCGAGAUAUCCUGCCCAAGUCCCGUCUCAGCGCCCAGAUUGAGCAGAUAAAACCGCAGGACAGUUUUCACGCUUCGAAGCGAGUGUGCCACUUGCUGCGAAGCGGUGUAGCGGCGAUUUUUGGGCCGCAGAGCGCGCACACCGCCUCCCACGUACAAAGCAUUUGCGACACCAUGGAGAUUCCGCAUCUGGAGACACGCUGGGACUACCGGCUCAGACGGCAGAGCUGCCUUGUCAACCUUUAUCCGCACCCCACCACACUUUCCAAGGCAUACGUUGAUUUGGUGAAAGCCUGGGGCUGGAAGAGCUUUACCAUCAUCUACGAGAAUAACGAAGGGUUGGUGCGGUUGCAGGAGCUCCUGAAGGCACACGGACCUAGUGAAUUCCCUAUUACGGUCAGACAGCUGAGCGAGGGAUCCGAAUACCGGCCGUUGCUAAAACAGAUAAAAAACUCGGCCGAGUCGCACAUUGUACUGGAUUGCUCUACCGAGAGGAUUUACGACGUGUUGAAGCAGGCUCAGCAAAUAGGAAUGAUGAGCGACUAUCACAGUUACCUCAUCACCUCUCUGGACCUACACAGCGUCGAUCUGGAGGAAUUCAAGCACGGCGGGACCAAUAUCACUGCCUUUCGAUUAGUGGAUCCAGAGAAGCAAGAUAUACAGAAAGUCGUGCAAGAUUGGAUUUACGGCGAGAAGCGUUAUAAUCGAGAACUCGAUAUGGGACAGAGUUCCAACAAGAACAAUCUCACUUGCAUAAAGACUGAAACGUCAUUGAUGUACGACGCCGUGCAUUUAUUUGCGAAAGCACUGCACGAUUUGGAUACAUCCCAACAGAUCGACAUCAAACCGCUUUCCUGCGAGUCCACCGACACUUGGCCCCACGGAUACUCCCUCAUAAACUACAUGAAAAUCGUCGAAAUGACGGGGUUAACAGGAAUUAUCAAGUUCGAUCACCAAGGAUUUCGCUCAGACUUCAUUUUAGAUAUCAUCGAACUGAACAACAAGGAGGGGCUGAAGAAGAUAGGAACCUGGAACAGCACCAAGGGUAUAAAUUUUACGAGGAGUUACAAGGAAGAGUACACUCAAAUCGUGGAGAAUCUUCAGAACAAAACUUUCAUUGUAACAACUAUACUGAGCGCGCCAUACUGCAUGAGGAAGGACUCGAGCGAAAAGCUGACCGGGAACGCACAGUUCGAGGGCUACAGCGUCGACUUGAUUUACGAGAUAUCGAGGAUUCUCGGUUUCAAUUAUACGUUCCGCCUGGUACCGGAUGGACGGUAUGGCUCCUACAACAAGAAGACGAAAGAGUGGGACGGUAUGAUGAAAGAACUGUUGGAUCAGAAGGCGGAUCUAGCGAUCGCGGAUCUAACCAUCACGUACGACCGGGAACAGGCGGUCGACUUCACUAUGCCGUUCAUGAAUCUAGGGAUCAGCAUACUGUACCGUAAGCCUAUAAAGCAGCCACCGAAUCUGUUCUCAUUCCUCAGCCCGCUUAGCCUCGACGUUUGGAUUUAUAUGGCGACAGCUUAUCUAGGCGUCUCUGUGCUGCUCUUCAUACUCGCUAGAUUCACCCCGUACGAGUGGUACAAUCCUCAUCCGUGCAACAAAAACCCGGACCAUCUGGAGAAUCGCUUCAAGCUGCUCAACUGCAUGUGGUUCACCAUCGGAUCCUUAAUGCGGCAGGGCUGUGACAUUCUGCCCAAAGCCGUGUCAACGCGCAUAGUGGCAGGCAUGUGGUGGUUCUUCACUUUGAUCAUGAUUUCUUCGUACACUGCCAACUUGGCCGCGUUCCUUACCGUCGAGAGGAUGGAUUCGCCGAUCGAGAGCGCCGAGGAUCUUGCAAAGCAGACGAAAAUCAAAUACGGGGCUCUCAAAGGAGGCAGCACUGCGGCCUUUUUCAGGGAUUCCAAUUUCUCGACGUACCAGCGUAUGUGGUCCUUUAUGGAUUCGGCAAAGCCGACGGUAUUUACAACUAGCAACGUCGAGGGUGUAGAACGGGUGGUCAAGGGGAAAGGGAGCUACGCGUUUCUAAUGGAAUCCACCUCCAUCGAAUACGUAAUCGAGAGAAACUGUGAUCUUACCCAAGUUGGCGGCCUCUUGGAUUCGAAAGGAUACGGCAUCGCCAUGCCGCCAAAUUCACCAUACAGAACGGCCAUCAGCGGAGCCAUCCUAAAGCUACAAGAAGAGGGGAAACUGCACUUGCUGAAGACGCGCUGGUGGAAAGAGAAACGCGGCGGAGGAUCUUGCAGGGACGACAUGUCGAAGAGCAGUUCAACAGCAAACGAACUAGGGCUGGCAAACGUAGGCGGGGUGUUCGUGGUUCUGAUGGGCGGUAUGGGCAUCGCUUGCGUGAUCGCGGUAUGCGAGUUCGUCUGGAAAAGCCGGAAGGUCGCCAUUGAGGAACGGAAGUCCAUGUGCUCGGAGAUGGCGAGCGAAUUGCGUUACGCGCUGGAUUGCGGGAACGGGACAAAAAAGUCCGUGAAGAAGACACUGUGUAGUCGCGAGAGGCAGCGAUCGAACCUAUCGAUCGUGUCCGAGGAGGGCAGGUAUCCGGUAUGCAACAAGUACAGACACUUCGUGGGGAAAGCGCCUUUGACCUGAAGCUACGAGACUGAAUCAUCGUCGAAGGGAGAAGAGGAACGUGCACGGGACUAAUCGAACUCGCGACUCGAUGAACUAUGAAGGCAAUCGACGAACGAGAGAUACGACGAGAGAAGCAACGAGGCGCGAACUAAAAGUUUAGCGCGAGAUGGAAACCAUCCACCUUCUCCAGUUGCUUUAUCCCUCUCUCUCUCUCUCUCUCUUUCUCUCUUUCUAUGUGUGUAUGUGUAUAAGUCUGGUUCUUUCUUUCUUUUUUUUUUCUUCAAUUUUUUCGUUCUUUGUCUUUACAAGUGACGCGAACGAACGAACAUGGCAGUACUUCGACUAGCACUUUAUACAGUGUACAGUGUACAGUCAUUCAGUCGUUAAUUGGAGCUCACUGGAAUUUAUCGUGCCGUGCGGAAGACAACGACGCACGCUGUUUGAGCGGAAAGAUUAACGAGUAGUCUCGAGAUCCUUUGUCUUUCGUUGCGCCACUCGUGGCAAAAGAAGGUGGCCGUUGUGAAACGAAACCCAGCCUAAGCGGCCACGGCGUGAGUUGUCGCCGCGAAAUUCUAAUCCUUAAUUGUCGCUGUCUCUGCGAUUUUAUAUGUGUAUGAAGACCACAUGAAAAAUAUAUGAUAAGUCCAUUUUUGUUAAUUUUCCGACUUUUAUGAAACUUUGUGGGUAAAAAGAUGUAUUUUAAUAUGAAAUAUUAAUUGCAGAACCGGCGAUACUUAUUACGUGACGAAAAAUAUUAGCUUUGUUGUUAUGUAACUUUAGCUUAAUCGAUACUAUUCUACACAAAUAAUAUUUUUAGAUUUUUAUUAACGUCGUAGAGCGCGAUGGAAACACAUAUGUAAUCCUAAAAUCAAAUACAAACACAGUUUUAAUCCGGGACUACUUUUUAAAAUUGUUCUUUCUACACAACGGAAAAUGUAUCACAUCAUAUUUUUCAUAUUUGUAAGCUUCAUAUACAUAUGGCGCAGUAAGAAAUAGGGAUUCGAUUCGAUUAAUUUUGUUAAAAUUAUAAUUGAAUGUGUUCAUGAAUAAUUGUCAACGAUGUAAUAAUUUUUGAACAAAAUUGGUCGUUUAAAAUUGGUUAUUUAUAACUUUUCAUUCCAGUUUGAACUCAUAGUAGAGUGAAAUAAUGUAAUCCUGUAAUGGUAUUUCCAUAUUUUAUCAGUUUUGUUAAAAUGCUUUGAAACCUUGAAUGUAUUUAAUUUCAAUAGACUAAUAUCAGAAACGAGUAGCGGAUACAGGAAACGGCAAUAAUUAUUGCCCACGCCCGUAUAUUUCUCGAAUAUAUUAGAAAGUAAUUUAUAAACUCACUCCCACAUAACUUAAUUAAACAUUGAAAUUAAAUGAUCAAAUAUGCGAUGUCUUCCGCACGAUAUGCUAUAAUACAAAUGACAAACUUUUUGAAGAACGUAUGCAUGUCAAGAACGAUCGAAAAAAGAGAGAAAGAACAAAAACUGUGGAUUUUGUAAUUGAUGCAUAUAAAACGUUACUUGAACAGCGAAGGAAAACGUCAUUGAAUCCAAUUCACUUCAUUAUUAUGGACUAUGUCGCUCAUUUUUAAAGAAAGUAUAAACAUUCGUGAUCACUUGAGAAAAAUAUCACAAGAUAAUUAACACUGUACAAAUUCUGUCUCUGUCUGUUCGGUGACGUUUGGAUACAUUCGUUUAGUGUACAUAAUCAUAAUCAUCGUUAAGAUUACGAACUAAACUAAACGUAUCUAUUCUAUGGCAUUGUAUCAUAGAACGUUCAUGGGGAAAAAUCUGUUCAUACGACUUCUAAAAGUAUGUCUUCGUUUAAGUAUCAUUUCGAUGCUGUAAGAUAACGUGUCCAUUGGUGCAAACGUUGUAUGUAGAUGUUUUAUCGAGUGUAGAUAGAAUAAGCGAUUUUACAUUUUUAUGUUAUAUUCUAGAUAUGCUAGGAAAGUGACACGAUUAAGGAAUGCAAAUUUUUAGCAAAUUUUAUUUGAAAUAGAAAAUUACUAAUUAUUUAACAACGGAAAGGUUUUUUUCUUAUGCAGCUUAUACCCUGGAUUUUGAAAAAGCGUAAAUUUUUUAGAUGCGUCACUCCUCUAGCAAAUCGACGAUAUAUUCCGACUCGUUGUUUCGCUAACGAAUUUCUCGACCUCGUUAUCAUGUAUUGCAGGAUUUCAUUGAUCUAUCUGUAUCUGACUUCGGAAUUUAUUGAUUCAAUCAUAUACGGCAUUAAUCCUUUGAAACCUAGGGCAGAUGUAUUAAUUGAAAGUUAUUACACAUAUUACAAAAAGAAUAGGUCAGAGCUGCUGAUAAAAUAAUAAAAUCUGAAUACAAUACUUUUAAAUAAAUAUUCUCAACAUACUUUGUACAUUUUAUAGCAAUCUGAAUUUAGAUUUCAAAUUAUUCUUCAAAAAGCUAUCUCAACUAAGUAUUCAAUUAUUAAUUGAAUUAUUAAACGCAGUACGAAGUAUCACAUAUAUAUAAGUAAUUCUUAAAUCCUCUUUAAAUCUCACAAUACUUUCUAAACGUUUCAUACCUCGUGAAUUCGUUAUAAUAUCAAAUAUUAAAUUUCCUUUAGAACAUGUCGCAUUUAUUUGAUUUUAGACCUGGCAAAUUCGAAUAAUCUUUCAAAAAAUUAACUCGACUGAAAAUUCAAUUAAAUCUCCUUCAGACCGAGACAGAUUUCAGUAGCCGGUCGCGGCAUUGCAAUGUUCCUUUCUUAAGCGUCCAACGAUUCCACGGAUUAAACUGGUUAACAGAGUUAAUGGAAAGCCUGUUUGCAGCUGGUACAUCGCCGUUCAUGAACGCCCUGGACUGAGCAGUAUUAAUUUCCGUCUUCCGUCUCUCCUAAGGCGUAAACACGCGCGAAUAUCGUACAUGCACGGAUGCUGGCUUAGCCUCUCUGGAAUGAUCAAUUUCCGGAUGCAGAUAGAUCAGUGGAAUGAGAUUAAUGGCGAAAUUUGGGCGUUGAUAAUAUUUCCGCCUCACCGCCAUGCACCAUUUUUUAUGCAACGACGUAUAUAUGCGACAAUCGCGACUUUUUAUUUCUAUUUCUCUUUCUUGUUCUUUUUUUUUAUCAUCGACUCGUUCAUCCAUCGAUGUGUGUAUACCAAAUCGAAUCGUUUUUAAAAUACGUACAAAAGGUGCGAUACAAACCCGCAUGGACGACAUAUUCUCACACGAGCACAUACAUGCGAAUAAAUCGUGAAUUAUACACGUACUUGUAAAUAUUAUCUGUAUCGCGUACAUUGCGUUCGCAUCGUACCGAAUUUAAAAGCCAAUUGAUUAUACUUCUUACAUAAAGUGUACUACGAGCAUCAUAUUAAACGUGAAUAAAACUCAUCGUCUGUAAAUUCUCA